AACCGUAAAGUGCUUUGUCUCGAGCCCACCGUGUASMAUACGACAAUAAUCGAACGAAGCAGUGGUUAUCGAUCCAUUCAUCUAUAAACUAGAACAAGGAAGAAUUUCGGCUGCAACAUGCAACCUCAAUACUUUUUCGAAAGUCUGUUCCUUCUUCUCGCAGUUUUUGCAUCGGUUUACAAGCAUUCGGAUYUCGCCCCCCACCGGCGGCAAUACUCRAACGGUCGGCAUCYACAGUUCAUGUCUGCUUUUCGUGCUUGUAAAACAGUAGCAAGGAACGGCGUUCUUUUCUCUUACCUCCUUCAUUCUUUGGGUAUGGGUACCGCCGAGGGCACCACGGAAGAAUGCGUGGCAACCAUGUCGUGCUCCGCAGCCGGAACGGCAUCGGCGACACUGGCACCGGCGGAUCUCGCUCGGGAGGACAACAGGAUGGCAGCGGUGGYGUCGGGAGCUUCACAAAACGCAAWCGCAAACGCAAACGCGAUUCCGAACACCACCACCGAUCCCGGCCGCGCGAAAGCGACGACCUUCGAGGGCGUCGAGCUGCCCGGCUUCAAAACCGUGGACGGGGUGCACCUGUACCGAAACGGCCACGGAAUCCGCCGCAUACCCUUUUUCGGGAUGAACAUCAACAUCUACGUCGCCGCCAUGUACAGCGCGGAGCCCCUGCUGAGCACCGCCCAGGCCCUGGGGGAAACCCCGCUGCGGGCCAACCGUGGGGCGAUCGACGCGGGUCGUUCCGGUGGCGGCCACGGGCCCCUCCAGCUCGACUUUACCUUUCUACGGUACGUCAGCCAAUCGAGGGUCGUCUCGGCCUGGACCCAGCAGCUCGACCACAGCGUGACGCACCGAGAGUACGAGGGGUACGAGGAGGACCGGGCGCUCUUUGUCCGGCUGGCGUCCGGGGGGCCCAUCCAGUACCUGGGGACCCAGUCCGUCCAGCUGGUGGGCGACGAGACGCGGAUCAUCGACCAGGGGGUCCUGAAGGGCGUCGUCCGCGGGAGAAACUUCCAGCGGGCCUUUCUGAGCAUGUGGUUCGGUUCGAUGGCCGUGUCCGAGGACCUGAGCUCGAACCUCCUUAGGGGAGACGAACACCACCCCUCGGCCGUGUGGGAGGUGGAGCAGUGGCUGCGGGAGCUCGAGGAGCAGGAGGCACUGGAAUCGGAAGAGGGGCAGGUGCCGGUUGCGGCGUGAGGACGGACCACGUCACUCCAGGCCAGGCCAAACCAGGCCAGGCCAGGCCAAGCCAAGCCAAACCGUCCCUGACCAACGGGACAGCGUUGGAUAAACAAAGUAGCUAGAAAGCCAGAAAAUGGCGCAAAUGCAUAAGAACCGAGACCGUGACUAAUUACAAUAAUUAACAUACAUGCAA